AUGCUGGGCCGGCGGACAGCCGCCCAAUUGGAGACGACCUCUGAGGCCCCUGGGUCAUGUGAGCGGGCAAGAUGGCGGCGCCCACAAGGAGGGCGUGAGCACAGGUUUGGGACUCUCCUGAGACGGCCUGGAGUGAUCCCGGUGAGAUCCUGCCCGCUUGUCCUGCUUUCUCCGUUCCUGCAUCCUGCCAAGCCCCAACCGGAACAGGCACAGUCCUAUAGACAGGACUUACGACUGAGCUUUCACGUCAUAAAAGUAACUGACUCCAGAAUGACAGGAAGAGAGUUUCUUGAACUAGAUUCUCCACAGCAAAGUCUAUUUUUGGCAAGACUCAAGCAGAUGGAAAUCAUACAAAAGAUGUUAAAUGAGCUUCCUAAAACAGAUCAGAACCUUUGUAAUCAUGGAUCAUACUUCCUAGCAGUAAAUUCAAGCUUAUGUGGCUUAGCAGCAAAUAAUUUCUUCAGGAACAUCCUAAAUAUCAGAAGGGCUUCCUUGGUGUCCGCUGUGCCAAUGGCUGUUAUUCCGUUUCUUUCAACAGCAGCAGUUUAUGAAGUUUUUGUGCGUGGUCCUUUAUUUUCAGGUCAGCUGAACUGUGAGGUCUGUGCUGUGGUCAGAGGAGGAUUAGUGGGAGCUGUUGUGGGUGCUCUCUAUCCUGCUUUCCUGGCUCUCCCCUUGAACGCAAGCCUUGCAGCCAGGUACAUGUCAUCUCCCUUGCCAGGGAAAGAAAACGCAGUACGCUACUGGCUCACAAUCACUCAGCCUGUCUUUAGAAAGAUGAGUCUGGGUAUACUGGUACAGUGUCUAACUGGAUUAUAUCUUGCCACUAAACAGCACGGAAUAUAUAUCAAAAUACUACAGCAGAUGCACCUUAGCAGGGAUCCUGAAGAGCUAAAAUAACUUUUCAGUUGCCUUGGAUAAGUAACCAUAAUAAACAAGGAAAAGAA